AUGAGCUUCUGUUCUAGAGACGUGUGCGCCAUAAGGCUACACGGAGCGCAAGACACCAGCCUGCAGAAGAUGAUCGUAGCCUCUGUGUACAUGCCUGAGGCGGACGACCCACCACCGCACGACAUGACAAGGCUGGUCAACUACUGCGAAGAGGCGGGGCUCGAACUCGUCGUGGCAACCGACUCAAACGCACACCACCCCCUAUGGGGCAUGGAAACAGGUAACGAGAGAGGUAAGAAGCUCGUCGAGUACCUAUUUACUACAAACCUCAACCUCCUUAACACAGGUUCGAAACCGACAUUCAUAAACAGGCGCAGCAGGACAAUCAUUGACCUGACCCUAGCAUCUGAAGAAGCAUCGAAACACAUAUCAGGCUGGCAUGUAUCGGAGGAGAUGUCGUGCUCAGACCACAGAUGGAUUCGAUUCGACAUUCAGGUAAAAACACUCACAGCAGUGCCUAGAAGGGACCCACGUAGGACUAAUCUCGACCUCUACACCCUGCGGUUAAACACAAUACUGGAACAGCAGGAGGGUCCCCAGAGGAUAGAAGGCAUAGCUGAGAUAGAAGAACAGGUAAGCACCCUUACAGACACCAUCCUGGAUUGCUACCAUCAGGCAUGUCCCUUAACUACCCCAUCAACUAGAAGUGGAAGGAAGAACAACUGGUGGGGACCUGAGCUGGAGAGACUCAGAGGCAAGAUGAGGAGACAACUAAACAGAGCUAUGAACACUGGCACUGAUGAGGACUGGGAUAGCUACAAGUCCACCAAGGCCAAGUACAAGAAACGUCUCAGGUACAGAAGCACAAACUCCUGGCGCAAAUUCUGUACAGACAUUGAGACCACCAUGCAGGCUAACAGGGUAAGGAAGGUUCUCUCCAACAACUCAACCAUAACCUUGGGAUCCCUACGUAAGCCUGACAACUCUCUCACCAACACACCGGAGGAGGCGGAACGGGUCCUAGUGCAAACACACUUCCCGGACUGCGUGAUAUCGCACCCAGUAAGUUGGGAGGAGGAGGAGACCACUCCGUCGGAGGACGAGUGGCAGCAGACACAUGAGGUAAUCAGCCCGCAGCGCACGCAGUGGGCCAUAAACAGGCCAUAA